CGAAUGGGCACGCGCACGCGCACGCACUGGCUAGUUUUUGAUAACCCGAUAUAUACAGUUCUAGCUAGCUCUCUGUGUGGUAGAAUGAGUGUGGGUUUUUGAAAUAAGACUUCAGAAUGCAGAAGAUUUAACAAUAUCGUGUAUAUGAGGGGUGUACAAACUUUUGCACUCAGUUAUACAUGUUGAGUUGGGAAAAGGGUUCCUUGUUGCUGGUAUUGUUUGUUUCUGUCUUCACCUGGAAAUAGUGGAUAUAGUGUAUCUUUAGUUUACCGGGAUUUCCUGCUCCUAUCAUGAGUUUAUUUUCCGGCACGCCCUCCUUCUGCAGUUGAUGAUUCUCCAGCUGGUUUGGAGAUGACGGACAGCGUCAGGGCUUUCCUCCGCAAUGUUGCGACGGGGAUGAAGGAUUCUAUUCUGGGGAUCGGGACGAUCACAAAGCUCGAUGCUCGCAUCCAGCAGAAAAGGGAAGAGCAGCGCAGGCGCCGAGCGAGUGGCUCACUGGCACAGAGACGGGCGCAGAGUCAGGACCGUAAACAUGAGAACGAGCCCAAAUUAGCAAGUAGGAUUUUUCAGUGCUGUGCCUGGAACGGAGGCGUGUUUUGGCUAAGUCUGUUUCUUUUCUACCGAGUGUUUAUACCACUGCUCCAGACUCUCACAGCAAAAAUUAUCGGUGAUCCGUCGCUGCAUGGAAAUGUGUGGUCCUGGUUGGAGUUCAUCCUGACGUCAGUGUUCAGUGCGCUCUGGGUUCUCCCUCUGUUUGUGCUCAGCAAGAUCGUCAAUGCCAUCUGGUUCCAGGACAUUGCCGAUCUGGCUUUUGAAGUAUCUGGACGGAAAGUUCAGCCUUUUCCAAGUGUAAGCAAGAUUAUAGCAGACAUGCUCUUCAACCUCCUCCUCCAGGCCCUCUUCCUCAUUCAGGGAAUGAUCGUGAGUCUGUUCCCCAUCUAUGCGAUCGGUCAGAUGGUUAGCCUCCUGCACAUGUCUCUGCUUUACUCACUCUACUGCUUUGAAUAUCGCUGGUUUAACCACGGGAUCGAGAUGCACCAGAGGCUAUCGAACAUCGAGAGGAACUGGCCGUAUUACUUCGGGUUCGGUCUGCCCAUGGCUCUGCUGACUGCACUGCCAUCAUCAUACAUUAUAAGUGGCUGUCUAUUCUCUAUCCUGUUUCCGCUCUUCAUCAUCAGCGCUAAUGAGGCCAAGACCCCUGUGAAGCUUUACCAUUUCCAGCUUCGUCUCUUCUCCCUGGUGGUCCUGAUCAGCAACAAGCUCUUCCACAAGACUGUUCAUUUGCAGACAUCUCUGACCUCUUCGAGCUCGGCAGAGAAACUCGCUUCUCCUCACGCAUCCCCGAUCCGCCUCAAAGCUCCGCCCUCUCAGUGACCUCAGGCGCUUUUCAGACAGGUGUUUAAUUUGUGUUCUUUGUGUUUUAAACACAUUGUAAUGUUCUUGCAGAGGAUCGAUCAGGCUUAAUUUUAACUGUGAAUGAUGAGCAUGUGGGAUCAGACAGACCUGUGUCUCAACCGUGCGUUCUGUCCGACUGUUUUGUACCCGUCGUGUGCCAUUUGGGUGAUUUUAUAGAAAAUACAGCACAAGGACGUUGUAUUUUAACCACAUUGCCCCGGUCACUGCCCUCAGUGCUUAUUUUCUUUUAAACCUGGCCUUGUGAUUUCCUUUAAUACCACAGCUAAUGCUUGCAUCUGAUUCGUGUUCGUGUCAUUAAUGAUAGAGCGAUGGAACAAUUGAAAAGUCCCUUUAAUCCACAAAUUGGUGUCUUUUCAUGCUUGCAUUCUUAUUUUAUUGUAAUCCCUCAACCUGUUAUCUAUUCUUUAAUGAUAAUACCUGAUCAAGAUCAGCUUACUAUUGUGACAAACUAAACAAGCUGCUCUUUUCUAUAUGAUUUGGUCCUAUAAUAUGAAUUAAGAGCUGGAUGCGAAAAUCCAAUCAAAUCCUCUGAGUGAUCAAUAUGAAAACGAGGCUCUAUGCUGCUACUGUUAACACAUGGAACUGACGGUAAGCUAUAAAAAUGCCAAGUCCAAGUCUAACCUCCACUUCAGUCACCGUCCCUCUUGCCAUAUUCACACUGACAUUGAUAUUAAAACCGAUUUCACUUAGGAAUCUCAGCCGGUUACUAAUGUUUUACUGAAGCACAUACUGAGGCCCCGUCUCACCAUCGGCGAAUUCACUCGGGGGGGAGAUGUGUGGUGUAUUUCUUGAUUUUUAUUUCAAUGUUAUUUCUUGAAAGGGUUUGUCAUUACAUAAGAAGUGAGUAGUGUUACAAAUGCAGGUUGGUAUUUGUGAGUGACCUUUUUUUUGUAAAAAGUGUUAAACCUAAUUUCAAUAAAUUUGGUCUGUAUAUA